AGCGAGGGUUCGGCUAGAGAAAGUUUUGGCUUUUCUUUGUCUAUAACCCUUAAUUUUGUGGCUCUAAGAUUGAGGAUUUUAUUUCCCUAAGGUCAAUCUGGCCUGAGUUAAUAUAAUAGCUCAACUUGAAAAGUCAUCAUGGAAAGAAACAUCAUAUGUUUGUGGAUUUGUGCUUUGCUAAUAGCUUAUCCAGUCGUUCAUGGAGAUCAAGAGACAUCAGUAAGGUCUCCUGUCGGUGAAAAACUCCCGUCAUUGUUAAAGAUGAACAAUGAUUUUGCUUUUCAACUGUACAAGAAGCUUUUGGAAAUGCCCGAUCAUCAGUCCAAGAAUAUCUUCUUCUCUCCAUUCAGUGUGUCAAUGGCUCUUUCUGAGAUGACUUUAGGAGCUGGCGGUGAGACCAAACAGCAGCUUCUCAAUGGCAUUGGUUAUAAUAGCUCAUUAUUCAGCACUGAAGAAAUGCACCAGUUGUUUCAUAGUAUCCUGGAGGACUUGGACCAGAGGAUCGGGGUGGAUGUUGAUACUGGCACUGCUCUUUAUGUCAGCAACACACUAAAGCCAAAUCCAGAGUUUUUCCAGAAGAUGAAGGAGUUUUAUCACUCAGAGGGCUUUGUGGUGGAUUUCGGCAUCAAAGAAACCAUAGAUCAAAUUAACACAUAUGUGAAGGACAAAACACAUGGCAAGAUAGAUAAAACUGUUGAAGAGUUGCGUGCUGAUACUGUGAUGUUCCUACUCACUUACAUAUAUUUUAAUGGAAAAUGGGACCUGCCAUUUAACCCAAACAAAACUAGUGAGGAUCAUUUUCAUGUUGAUGCCAACACCACCGUUCCAGUGCAAAUGAUGCAACAAAGCGAAUUCUUGAAAGUUCAUUUUGACAGGGACCUCUCAGCCAAAGUCAUCAGUCUUGACUACAAUGACUCUUUCUCCAUGAUUCUGGCCCUUCCAGAUAAGAGCAUCACUGAUCUGGAGAAUGGUGUCACCAGACAGGUCAUGGAGAAAUGGAGACGCUCCUUAAUAAAAAGAAAAGUUGACAUCUAUCUCCCCAAAGUGUCUCUUAAAACAUCAUAUUGCCUGAAAGAUAUUUUGAGUGCAAUGGGGAUGACUGAUAUGUUUACAGCUGAAGCUGACUUCUCAGAAAUUUCAAAGGACAGGAUGAUGGUUUCAAAGGUUACACAUAAAGCCUCUCUGGAUAUAGAUGAGGAAGGAACCACGGCAUCGGCAGUGACAACAGUUGAAUUUAGCAGAAUGUCUCACCAAACACUGGAUUUGAGGUUCGACCAUCCGUUUAUGAUCUUCAUCGUUGACCAAAAGAACGACAACAUCCUUUUCUUUGGAAAAGUUGCCAACCCUGCAGAGUAGAGUCUACACGUGUUACAGGUCCACUUUCCUGCAGUGUUCAGUUCCAGUUUGAACCAUACACACUUGAAUCUGCUAAUCCAGCCUCCUCGAAUCCAGUUGAAAAUUACAAUCAGGUGCGUUGGAGCAAAGGUUGGAACCAAACUUUGCAGAAAUAUGGACCUGCAGAACUCAUAAGUAGGAUGGAGCUCCACCAGGCUAGACUAAUAGUUUGUUGUAA